AUGAUUCGAACAACUUUUUUCAUCGCACUUUUUGUCUUGGUCUCUGCUGCCAGUUUUUCCAAUGAAAAUGAAUGGGAAUCAUUCAAGGCCAAGCACAACAAGGUUUAUGCGGACGAAAGGGAAGAAGCUUGGCGAAAAACAGUUUUCUUAAACAACUUGAAAAAAAUCAAAGCCCACAAUGAAAGAGCUAACAAUGGUGAACACACUUAUCGCUUAGGAGUCAAUAAAUUUGCUGAUUUGACCUAUGAGGAAUUUAAAUCAGCUUAUCUGGGCUUCAAAAAGAGUCAUUACUCUACCCCUGUUGUCCACAAUGUCAACAAAACUGUUCAACUUCCAGCCUCAGUUGACUGGCGAACGAAAGGAAUUCUUCCAUUGAAUCCGCAAAUGCCCAAAAAACUGGGUAAAUUGGUUGAGCUUUCAGAGGAAAAUUUGAUUGAAUGCUCUUGGGAUCACCACAAUAAGGGGUGUAAUGGUGGUCGUAUGGACUUAUCAUUCCAAUAUGUUAUAGAUAACAAAGGUAUUGCUACCGAAAGUUCUUAUCCAUACACUUCAGCUUCAGGAGACGACAGUGGUAAAUGCAAAUACUCAGCUUCCAAAAGAGGGGCUUCAAUCUCAUCAUACGUCAAUAUUCCGCAAGGUAAUGAAAAUGCCCUUCUCCAAGCCGUUGCUCAACGAGUUGUUUCAGUUGCCGUAGAUGCUGAGUUUGACUUGCAGUUAUAUCAUUCUGGUGUUUUAAAGUCAACCGUAUGCUCACCUCAGGCUCUCAACCACGGUGUAACCGUUGUAGGUUAUGGUGUUGAUAAUGGUACUCCUUACUGGCUGAUCAAGAACAGUUGGGGAGCUGAUUUUGGUGAAAAUGGUUACUUCCGAUUGUACCGAGGUAACAACAUGUGUGGUGUUGCUGAAGAUGCUUCAUAUCCAGUUGUCUAAAGGAUUUACUGAAAAUUAAUUUGAACCAGCAAAACUGAAAAAAUUUGUCAAUAAAAAUAUCACUCACUCUGGCACAUAAGAAUAUCAAUAAAAUCGUCUUUCAAUAAAUCUCAACUAAUUUUUAAUUCACUCGAAAAAAUUUGCUCAAGUGCUUGCAACCAAUGCUUUCCAUCCACUCAAGAUUGUUCUAAUUUCAUGUUUUGUUCCUACCUUGAACAAACCUUUGAAUAUGAUCACUAAUGGGACAGAAGAAAAGUUUUUACAGGAAGUAAUCAGGUUAUUUGUAAUUUAAUUAAGUUAUUGUAUUAUAUU